GGUGUGUGGGCGUGUUGGGUGCGCGUGCGCAGGCGAGCGCGACGUGGACUCAGUCGCAAGGCACGCACCGCGGGUGUUGGACGCAUGGUGGUGGAUCGUGAGUGUGUGUGUGGUGACAUGAUGCUGGGCGGCAUGGACAGUAAAGAAUACGGCGCCCUGCAUGCAGCAGCCGCCGCUGCAGGAUAUGCUAUGGAUGCCGAUCCAAAUGCAACCGCAAUGGGCAACACAGGAAUGGGGUCCGCUGGGGGCCAGCAGUACGGUGAGGUGAACCAGCUGGGGGGCGUUUUUGUUAACGGACGACCUUUACCUAACGCGGUUCGCCUUAGGAUUGUAGAACUUGCUCAGUUAGGGAUCAGGCCGUGUGAUAUAAGCCGACAGUUGCGAGUUUCUCACGGAUGUGUGUCAAAGAUCCUAGCUCGGUACCACGAGACUGGCUCCAUCUUGCCCGGGGCUAUUGGGGGCUCCAAACCUCGAGUUACGACGCCUAAGGUGGUGUCCUACAUAAAGCAGUUAAAAGCCAAAGACCCAGGAAUAUUCGCUUGGGAGAUAAGGGACAGAUUACUUGCGGAUGGAGUGUGUGAUAAAUACAACGUGCCUUCCGUCUCCAGUAUUAGCCGGAUCUUAAGAAACAAGCUCGGGGGUGCCCUAUACCCCGUCCCACCUCUCUAUCCGGUGCCCCCACAGAGAUGCUGGCCUUUGCAUCAGCCUUACGACUAUUAUAUGUACCUACAAGGUCGUCAACAUGCGACGGGCGCGCCGCAUGGCCUACCCCAUCCCCACCAGCCGACGGGGCCGCACGCGCAUGCCCACGCCAUAUGACCACCAAUCUCUCCGUUCUUGUCUACCACAAACCUCGUUGCAGGGCCAGCAGCUACAACAGUCAUGACACCGUCUCACAUGACAGAUCCGAAUAUGACGGUGAAUACAUCGAUGACAGCAAACAGCAUUCCAGUAUCAAACAUGCCUAAUUUACCAACGAGAAUGUCAUUCUGCAGAUUUGCCCACAACAAAGAUGUGAGAUGACGUACAAUUUUUAAAUGAAUUAUUACAAUGAAUUUACCAAAGGUUAGGUAGAACAGCAAUAUAUUACAAGCAUGUUCUUUAUUGCUUUGCUGUAGUCAGCUUAUUAUUAACUCCCUAUUAAAAGGUUUUGGUAUUCUAUUUGGCCUGACAUUCUACACCAUCGAUGUCAUUCGAGAUUUGUAGUCGUGAACGGAGAAAAUGACACAUCACACAAGGUAGAGAGAGAGAUAUUUUAGUCGUUCAUUUUGACCAAGUAUUAAUUAAUUGUAAAUAAUCUAAUAAUAAUUUUAUCAGUUUUCGUGUAAAUUAUACAUAAUUUGAUAAUGUAAGCAUAUAAGUAGAUUAUACAGAGUUAAAUUAUAUUCUGAAAUUGAUUAGGCAAUUAUUUUUAUGAAUCUAAACGUUGAAAUGUAUUUCGAACGGAUAGAGGCGUAUUUUAUGUAUUUAAGUAUUAAACGUGGAUAUUCGAGUUUAAAAUAAUAAUUCGGUAUGUGUGUAUGUUUAUAUUUUACCUCAGCAAGGUGCGAUAUGUAAAUACCUACUUAUUUAUUACUAAGUUUAAAUUAACGGCCUUAAGAAUCGGAAACGAAUGGGCAAUCUACUUAAAUACUGAAAUGUUACUUAACAAAUAUAUUUAAGUAAUGAUAAUAUUGAUUUGUGCUGUAUUAAACUUUAUACAUAUUAUACUCCAAAGGGUCUGUUUCACAAUGUACGGAUAAGUUCUACAUAAGUUCCAAAUUAGCUA